ACGACUCUGGCGACGAGUCGGUGCCUCAGACGGACAAGACGGAGCUGCAGAGCACCCUGAAGAACCUCUCCAGCAAGGUGGAGGACCUGAGCACCUGCAACGACCUGAUCGCCAAGCACGGCACCGCCCUGCAGCGCUCGCUCAGCGAGCUGGAGACCCUGCGCCUGCCCCCCGACAGCUCCGACAGGAUCAAGCAGGUCAUGGAGAGGGCCACCCUCUUCCGCAUCACCUCCAACGCCAUGAUCAACGCUUGCCGGGAUUUUUUGCUCUUGGCUCAAACCCACAGCAAGAAGUGGCAAAAAUCCCUCCAGCACGAACGGGAUCAAAGGAUCCGAUUGGAAGAGACCUUGGAGCAGUUGGCCAAGCAACACAACCACCUGGAAAGGGCUUUUCGUGGAGCUACUGUCCUGUCUGCUGGCACGACUGGCACUGGAGACUCCAGCAAAGAUCCGUGCUGUCCUGCCAAAGGGGACCUGAGUGACGAGGAUGAUGACAACGAGUUCUUCGAUGCCCCUGAGAUCAUCACCAUGCCUGAGAGCAUGGGCCACAAACGCACUGGCAGCAACAUCAGCGGCACCAGCAGCGACAUCAGCCUGGAUGAACAGUACAAGCACCAAUUGGAGGACACCAAGAAGGAGAAGAGAACCCGCAUCCCCUACAAACCCAACUACAGCCUCAACCUCUGGAGCAUCAUGAAGAACUGCAUUGGGAAGGAGCUGUCCAAGAUCCCCAUGCCUGUCAACUUCAACGAGCCCCUCUCCAUGCUCCAACGCCUGACAGAAGACCUGGAGUACCACGAGCUGCUGGACAGAGCAGCCAGGUGUGAGAGCUCCCUGGAGCAGCUCUGCCUGGUCGCCGCCUUCACCGUCUCCUCCUACUCCACCACCGUGUUCCGCACCAGCAAACCCUUCAACCCUCUCCUGGGAGAAACCUUCGAGCUGGAUCGACUGGAAGAGAACGGUUACCGCUCCCUCUGUGAGCAGGUGAGCCACCACCCCCCGGCCCCCGCUCAUCACGCCGAUUCCAAGCACGGUUGGACCCUUCGGCAGGAAAUUAAAAUCACCAGCAAGUUUCGGGGGAAAUAUCUUUCCAUCAUGCCCCUGGGUACCAUCCACUGCGUCUUCCACUCCUCCGGCAACCACUACACGUGGAAAAAAGUCACCACCACCGUGCACAACAUCAUCGUGGGCAAACUCUGGAUAGACCAGUCGGGCGAGAUCGAGAUCGUGAACCACAAGACAGGGGACAAGUGCAACCUCAAGUUUGUCCCUUACAGCUAUUUCUCCAGGGAUGUGGCCAGGAAGGUCACUGGGGAGGUGACAGACCCCAGCGGGAAGGUCCAUUUUGUCCUGUUGGGCACUUGGGACGAGAAGAUGGAUUGUUACAAGGUGACCCUGACCUCUGGGGACAACGGAGGGGAGGGAAAACAGAAACCCCAGGAGGCCGAGGACAGCCGGGUGCUGCUGUGGAAGAGAAACCCCCUCCCGAAAUACGCGGAGAACAUGUAUUAUUUCUCGGAGUUGGCGCUGACCCUGAACGCCCCCGAGCCCGGUACCGCCCCCACCGACAGCCGGCGCCGCCCCGACCAGCGCCUGAUGGAAAACGGCCGCUGGGAUGAGGCCAACGCCGAGAAACAGCGGCUGGAAGAGAAACAACGCAGCUCCCGCAAGAAACGAGAGGCUGAAGCACCCAUGGUCACCAUCCCACCAUAG